GUUCAGCACGGAAGGAGAUAAUGACAUGCAUCCCACUGUAACUGGAGGACCUUUGAAAUAUUUCUAUCGCCUCGAACAACUGCACUUUCAUUGGCUUUCAGAACACUCGAUAAAUGGAGUAAAGUUUCCGAUGGAAAUUCACUUCGUACACGUUCGGUCCGAUCUCGAAGUUUCCGAAGCAUUAAAUAAGCGGGACGGGCUGGCAAUACUCUCAGUGUUUUGCAAUGUUCAAACAGAACUCAACGAAGAUCAACAAAAGGCAUCCGAAGAAAUCAUGCAGCACAUACCAAUGUUGUUGAGAACAGGGCACAGAAUCAGCGGAGUUCUUUUAAAUUUAAGUAAGCUGUUGAGUCCAAAGAGGAAUUCCUACUUCACAUACCUUGGUUCGCUGACGUCUCCGGAGUGCAACGAAGUCGUCGUUUGGAUUAUUUUUGACAACCCAAUAUAUAUUUCUGAUGCCCAAUACCGCCUCUUCGGCAAGGUGGGCGUCGGUCGUCACAACUUCAGGAGUCAGCAGAAGAUAAACCAUCACCAAGUGUUCCAACCACCAGACGCGUUCAUCACCACACCUAAAGCGAUUCUCAUCGUUUCCGACGUUUUGAAACUCAUGACACAAUUCUUUAGGAAUGUUACAAGAUUCGUCGUAAAAGGCCUCAAAUCAAGAUUAUAGACACGACAAAUCACAUACAACAUAUUUAUUAUACUUUAUUUAGUUAAUAUUUAAACGAUUAUUGUUAUGGUUUUACAAAUAAACAUAUUAAAUU